AUGGCAACAGCUCAAAGCUCUACGCUAGAUCCAACGACAUCAGACGCAAGCUCUAUUCUUUACGAGCAACUAGACCAGUAUCCAUGGGAUACGGAUGCUGAGUUUCAAGGUGGCCUUGCUGCCAUCUUAGGGCCGAAUCCCUCGCCUGAGCAAGCGGCGGACCUGACAUUGCACGCACGAUGCUUCUACUUCUCCAGGAAAUUCAAUACACAUGUGGACUUCGACGGCUACAAUGCUUGGCGACGACAGCAAAACACUGCCCAUGCGGCACGGAUCAAUGGGGACUCAAGCGCUCCGGCAGCAACAUCGACCCCCCCAAAUGAGCCACAGACUUCUGUAGCAUCCUCCUCCACCUCAACAGCGACCACGGCUGUGGAGCCAGCAGCGCCCUAUCCGACAUCCUUCGCCCACAUCGUGGAGCUGAUCACAACCGGCCAACCGAUUCCGGGUAUCAAGGAGAUUCCUAGCACUGUCCUCGAAGGUCAAGGGACGCAAAGUGUUAAGGAGCGGAGAAAGAAACCCUGGGAGAAGGACACAAGCGAAGCAGUUGGCGCAACGUCCUCUACUGAAGCCUAG